CAUGAUGUACAGCUAGCUAUAAGCUGUCAUGGCGGCGCAGACCCGUGCACUUGUCUCAGCCCAGUGGCUUGCGGAUGCGAUCAAAAGCAACCGAAUAGGUCCUCAUCUGCGAAUACUUGAUUCCUCUUGGUAUCUGCCGAAACUGAAACGAGAUGCCACGUCCGAGUUCAGACAGAAACACAUACCCGGCACACACUUCUUUGAUCUGGAUGAGUGUUCUGACAAAACUUCAUCGCUGGAUCACAUGCUGCCAACUCAAAAUCAAUUUGCAGAGUAUGUGUCAGGAUUAGGUAUUGGGAACGACACACAUGUUGUAGUGUACGAUGCCAGCGACUUUGGAUCAUAUAGCGCACCCCGCGUUUGGUGGAUGUUCCAGUUAUUUGGGCACAAUUGUGUCUCCGUGCUGGACGGUGGCAUGAAGAACUGGCUUCAUGAAGGGCGUCAGGUGACAUCAGAGUAUUGUUCACCAGAGCGUCAAGAGUUCAAGGCGAGUAUCAAUCAAUCUUGGAUAAAGACCUACGAGGAUAUCGUGAAGAACAUCGAAACCAAACGGUUCCAGGUCAUCGAUGCUAGGUCCGCUGGCAGGUUUAGGGGAACUGAGCCGGAGCCCAGGGAUGACACUAAACCAGGGCACUUCCCUGGUGCCAUCAACAUGCCUUUCACCAGUUUCAUGGACGCCUCCGGGAGGGAACUGGAGGCUGAACAGCUGACUGAGCUGUUCCGGGAGGCCGGUGUGGACCUGGAGCGGGCCCUCUGGGCCAGCUGCGGCUCCGGUGUGACAGCGUGUCACGUGGUGCUGGCUGCCUACCUGCUGGGAUCUCCGCGAGUGGCCGUGUACGACGGCUCAUGGGCUGACUGGGACAAAAGAGCUGCGCCCGAGCAUAUUAUCUCUGAAGGGACAUAGAAAUGAACAUGAAAUGGGAGGUAGAUCCUUAAUGUAGCAGAAGUUACUGAUCAGUCGACAGAAAAUGAAUGCACUGAAUCCACAGUUACUAACGGCUCAAGAGGGGGCAAGGUCAAUGCGUUUUACUUCAGAAACCCUCAGAUCAGAGAAGGUAGAGUGUUUUUUACAUGGCCAUAAUCAUAAUAUAUAUUGGGGGGGGACACAUCCCCCCCAAAUAUUCAAAUCUGAUCAAAAUGUCCCCCCCAAUAUAUUGAUAUAAAAUAUAAAUGUUCUACAAUAACGUUAAGUUUUCAGGGGGGGCCCUCAGACUCCCCAGCAGAUUUGGUCCCCCCAACUCCAUGGCUAUGGCCUGGUUGUUCACAGAUUUGGGGAACCGCUGCUGUGUAAAAGGUGCUGGUCAUAAAGAUGCCCGGGGGUGAGUAGUGUGGUGCAGGUAGUCCUAGAUUAUUCAUAUAGAUGAUGUUGAGACUAAUAAUUUAGGUGGCACUUAAGUUUGAAUUAUUUCAUGUUUCAUUUACUAUCCUCAAAUGAAGAAUAUUGCAUUUCAAGUCAAACAUUGUUGCAGACCUAAGUGCACUUUUUUUUUGUUCAAAUGACAACUGUUACAUUGUGACUAAUAUUAUGACGUGCAAUACAUUUCAUAAUAAAAACUAGUUUGAAGUUUA